ACAAAAGUGCUGUGUUGAAAUUAACAUACGUCAGCACAGCUUUUUCGCAUCGUAUAGCAGCAGCUGCAGACACGACUGUUAAUUUAUUCAAGCGGAUUUAAUCUUCAGACAUGGAGCAAAAACCAACUAUGGGGGAUACUGAAUCGCUUGAAGAUGCGACGGAGCAGCCGAUAGAACAAUCCAGUCCCGCAAAUGAAGAUAUUUCAAUGGACUUUGAAAAGAACCAGGUUGUUGCUGAACCCGUCAUUAUGGUGAAGAAAAGAAGGCGUUGCGUGAAAUCAUGCCGGAAAGCCGUGAACAAAAGGUCAAAUCCGUGCAGCAAACGGUCCCUUCAUCAUGGUUUCCUUUCCUGUGCCGAGGUUCAUGACCUGAUACACAGGAUUGGAAUCGACGACCCGGAAAACUCCAAUUCCUGCAUUCGAGCGGCGAUGAUGAGAGGGGCAAUCAGGAUUCGAGGAAACCCCGAGGAAUUGGACUUGGUCAUGUGCAGAGACGUCUCGCCGUAUUGUGGUCAUUUUGUCGAUGGAACUUUGAGAGAUCUCUUGUUGUCUUCUAAUAGUCAUCAAAAGAAUGUUCUGCUGAAGUCUGCUACUCCCGUACUGAAGUGUAAGCUGUGCAGCAAUGAUAAACUCAAGCGUGGAUUCGCAUCCGUUGUCGGAUUUUGCGAAGGAAAGCCAUUUUUCCUAUGGGGCACUAGGAAGAAAACCCAUUGCGUUUCUUGUCCCGGUUUUGGAAAUUGCGGCUUCUCGAGUGAAGCUUUUCUUUGUGGUGAUUGUUCUCGAAAGAAGAGAGACGCUCUGGGCAUUGUACAACAAACGGCAAAUUGCUGAAUCUAGGAAUCAUGCGCUCAUCGAUCAGUCGUUCACGUUUCCGAUUUUCGAACUUUGUGACCAUAUACAAUAGUUCCGUACUGCCCCCCAACUUCAGGCGACUCUAGGAAACGGUGAGCGUCGCGCGCUCGCAAGUCGGCGUGCAGCGCACACCUUGGCGCGGCAGGAUCUCGCACACUGCAUGUCACACGUCAUAACAAGUUUCAUAGGUGUCACUCUCAUGCCAACUACGCGUCAGUGGUGUCAUCAAUAAGUCUCCUGUGCAUGCCCACCAGGAGUUGGGCGAUGAUGGACAAAUUAAACAAAAGCGCGCGGUUUUUAUUGGAGUUUUCUCCUUUGGAAAUACGGGUGGGACAAGAAAAUGAAAUGGAUUUUGAGAAAAACA